AUGGAGUCUAGCAAACUUCCUCCUGCUAGGAAAAUUCCGGUGCCACCUAACUACCGGAACGCGGCCCGUAUACUUCGGCAAGUGAUAGAGGAGAAGAAAAACCUCAAGUUGCUGUUGCAAGCUGAAAAACACUUUCGUGCCGGGAGAAGCAUCAUGAAUCGCAUUAUAGACAACUUACCGCAAAUCAACGCAAUUAUUGAGCACAUGAAUUUGGCCGUCAACCACCCGCGAAUGAAUGUGUGGCUGGCACGGGUGUUGAUUUCUGAACUUCUUUUCGGCCGUGGUGAGCUGGUGGGCUCGUCCUUGCCGGUAGAGUGUAUACGAAGUUGUGACCAGCAAAUACGCGAAGCAUUCGAGGCUACCAAAUCGAGCGUUCCAGCUGUGACGAUUUUCAAAGAACCGCGAUUCGUACGGGUGAAUACUGCCGUCCUGAACAUGGAGGAAGCCAAGCAACAGUUGAAAGAGGAAGGAUGGAUAUUGGUUGACGUUGUCUUCUUGAGCUAUCGAGCGUUCUUGGACCGAGUAUCUGCGCUUUCGGAUUACGAGUACACUGUAGACUUUCAUUUCAACGAUUUGUUAGUGUUCCCGAACAGUUCGAAAAGCUAUUGGGCGCGGGCGGAACAUCUGCGUUCAAAGUUUUUUCUACAAAACAAGGCCUGCCUGGUUCCGACAUAUUUGCUAAAGCCACCGAAAAAAUCCGUCGUUUUGGACAUGUGUGCUGCUCCCGGCCUGAAGACAACGCAUCUCGCCAACCUGAUGAAGAAUAAGGGUCGCAUUUACGCCGUAGAGCGUAACGACGACCGCUACAAACUUUUAUGUCAGUAUGCGGCACAGUUUGGCGUUAUUAAAACAAUCCACGGCGACUGUUUGGAAAUGACCGACGAUCAGGUGCCUGGCGUUGAGUACGUUUUGCUGGACCCCAGCUGCUCUGGUUCGGGUAUGCUGGACCGUCUUCGAAUGAAGGAACCAGUGGACGAGGGUCGACUCUACAAGUUGGCAGGCCUUCAGUACAAACUCCUGUCGCACGCGAUGAACGCUUAUCCCAACGUCCGGCGCAUUGUGUACUCCACCUGCUCGCUCCACGUUGAGGAGAAUGAAAUGGUUGUAAUGGGUGUACUGCGUCAUAACGGCCAUUUCAAGUUGCUCGAUGCACGUACCGAACUUGGUAUGGAGUGGCUUCAUGUUGGCUCGCCUGCGUACGAGGGUGUCGGGGAACAUUGCUUGUAUGCCCGAUCGGAGGUUGACCUUACCAUAGGAAUGUUUGUGGCAGUCUUUAGCCGGUGUGCAGAAGGCGAACAAAACGAUUUAUACAUGGCGCACGAGCAGCAAAAGCACAGUUUUGACCAGCUAGUAACGAUGGUCCAGAAUAUUAGGAAAGCAGAAAAGGAUCGCGAAGUGUCACGGGAAAUGGAAGAGAAUAACGCAGAUACCAAUGGAAAUACCAUAUCGCCUUCCCAGAACCGGGUGAGGCACAAUGCUCAUAAUCCAUUCGAAAACACAACUGCACGCAACUCCGAUUUACAUGAACAAACACUUAUGCAAGAAAACGAAAACUUGGUGAUUGAUGCAGAAGUUGUUAACAAGAAAAAGGAUAAACGGAAAAAACGAAAAAGCGAGGUUAACAAUGAUAUAAUAGAUCACAACAGCGAAACAUUUGGGACGACUGUAGAAGAAAAGGAAGACAAAAACGUUAAAUCUAAUUCAGAAAUUGCAUCAGAAUUGGUGCACGAGAAAGUCAAACGAAAAAAAGUAAAACAACAAUUUGAAGACCAGAUUUUGGAUCAGCCUGAUAGAACGGUAGAAGUAGAGUCAAAUAUAGAAAUGGACAAUAAUGUUGAAAAUUUAUCGGAAAUCGUUGAUAAGAAGGUCAAACGAAAAAAACGAAAACAUCAGGCUGAAGACAAUAUUUUGGAUCAGGCUGAUGAAACCGCAGAAUUAGGGACAAAUUUAAAAAUGGAAAAUGAUAUCGAAAAUUUAUCAGAAGUCGUUGAUAAAAAGGUCAAACGAAAAAAACGAAAGCAUCAGGCUGAAGACAAUAUAUUGGAUCUAACUGAGGGCAUCGUAGAAGUAAAGGAAGACAAAAAUAACAUAGAAAACGCACCAGAAGCUGUUGAUAUGGUGAAGGAGAAACGUAAAAAACAAAAAAAGAAAGAUAAGGAAAACAGUGGUUUUGAGCAAACAGAGACAUCGAUAGAAGUAGAGACAAACACAAAAAUGGAAAAACAUAUCGAAAUUACAUCAGAAAAGGUUGAUAAGAAGGAGAAGCGAAAAAAACGAAAGCAAAAGAUUGAGGACAUUGCAGAGUCGUACACCCUACAGUGAAAAUACACCUUAUAUAAUAACCAUUUAUUAUAAUAAAAGGACU